AUGCAUCUAAUACAGAAUCUCCGAAUUCUCAGAACAUCCACAACGGUACAACGGAAGAACCUCAAUCGUCUGACAACAACCAAACUUCUCAAGGACAAACAGCUCAGUCUGAGAAUGCUAAUGCUGCUGCGAACCGUGCAGAGGUUGAAUCAACAACGGACACUUCCAAUUUUCCCAAUAAUGAGGAAUCGACCACUACUACCACCACCACAACAACAACACUUCCUCCUGAACUCGCAAACAACAAGAAGGGUGAUGCAGACAGCAGCAGCAGCAGUAUCAUCAGUUCUGUGUGGGUGCGUGUACCACUACUGA